UUGGAAUGCCCAGAAGAGUGGAGCGAAUUUGAAGGCUUUUGCUACAAGGUUAUGGAUAGGCUCGGUUAUCAGCGGAGAUUUGCUUGGUCAACAGCUCUAAGCGGGUGUUUUGGGUUUGGAGGAGACCUGUUAAGCAUAUCGAAUGAAAAAGAAAUGAAGUUUGCCCAUGACAUGGCUUUCAAGGACGCAAACCGCACUUCUGUUUGGAUUGGGUUGGCGUAUCGGCAUCAAAAGGGUGGAUAUGUAUGGAACAAUGGAGAAUCGUUUGACAUUUCUGUUUCAGUCCAGCGGCUCAACAUGUGGAGAAUUGUUCAUGAAAAUAAAUGCGUCGAAAUCUUGAAAAAUAGCUGGAACCUCACAGAAUGUUGCAAGGAAAAUAAACGUUUCAUCUGCCAGAGACCGAAAGGUGAGUUAUUCCUGUGGGGAACUCGACAUUGAAAAUGACGGGGAAGCUCCAAUCGCAACAGGUACGGCCAAAUCAAAGGUAAAAUUUGAUCCAUCAAGGCGCUUAAACUCUUAAACGAACUUAAGAUAGCCUUUACGCCUUUAAAUUUUAGGCGGGCUAGAUUCCACCCUGAUAUUUGGCUUUUUCCAUUUGUUUUCUCGUUUAGUUUCGCACUCAUUUUAACCUCAAUUAUAACCUUGCUGGGUUAAAGGAGCUUUUUUGGUGGUUACAAUACAGUUUUUGUCACAUGACCAGUCACGCCCAUGAUUAUGCAAAUUUUACAUUUUAGAAUUACCACACCCAAACACAUAUUAAAGAUCCUAAUUUUACUUGUAUUCUAUUUAAAAAAGAAAUAUAAUAACUGAUUGAUUACCAGGAAAUUUUAGAACAUUUUAUUCCUUGUUCUCUGAUUCUCGUCCCAGUCUCUCUAACGUUUACAGCUGUGCCAUGAUUCUUAUUGGUUUCCAACUAUUUGCUAUGUAAAUCUUUCACUAAUGAGGUCCAUUGGCCUGUCCUGCUGGUUGGUUUUUCAAUGGAGUAUCUUGCUACAAGGAAAAUGGAAAUGGUACCUGGGAAGGUGCACGACAAGGGUGUACUGUUUCCGGAGGUGAUAUAGUGAAGGUUGAUGAUGAAAAUGAAAAACGAUUUUUGAUUCACUUCAUGGAGGUCACCGGUCUGAAGAAAACCAACUUAGAUGUAAGUAUCGAGUCAUUACCUCUUCGGGCCUCAUGAUCGGAUGAUCAGCAUGAACUUUCUCCAUGUAAUAUUAAUUCAUUAUAAAACAUAUUAGUCACAAGAAUUAAUUGUAUAAGAAAAUGAUCACCCGAGGUAAAUGUAACUGAUUCUUAAUACAAUUACUCUUCCUACCACAUCUGUAGAAAACGUGUAAGGAGAGGAAAUGGGCAUUUAACUUGAGAUGUUAGGUUUUUUAUGCAGUUGAUAGAGCACGCUUAAGUCUAGGGUAAUUAAUUAUAAGACGAGAUUUCAAAGAGGAAUGCGGAGAAAUUGCAUCUUCUGUGUAGAUGUUCGUGUCACAGACCCAAUUGAAUCAGUGAUGUAGAUCGUAGACAGUUUUUAUUCCAUUUUCAUCUAUAUCUGUAUCUUGACAAACGCAAAUGUUCAAAAGACCACGUUUCUCAUGCUCAGUUACUUUGGCAUAACCUGAGAUCAGGCUAUUAAUUGUCCGCCAUAUUGCUUUGAUAUGUUUGCAUGAGGUCUGGGUCAAAAUGACCUUUGAUUGGUUCAGGGCCUUGUACUUACGCAUGUGCUUAUGUCAACCCAGUUUUAAACAGUCAAAGCUACGACACAAGCAUAAGCACAAGGACAACGAACUUGUCCGUUUUUCUUGUGCUUAUGCUUAUGCUUAUGUCGACCCAGUUUUCACUUGCUUACACAAGUGCUUGUGCUUAUGCUUAUGUGCUAGUGAAAACCAGGCUUAAGAAAAUUCUUGGCCGAGAAGUUAUCAUGAGGUUAAGCCUGGUUUUCACUAGCGCAUAAGCAUAAGCAUAGGCACAAGCACAUGUGUAAGCAAGUGAAAACUGGGUCGACAUAAAGCAUGAGCACAAGCACAAGAAAAACGGACAAGUUCGUUCUUCUUGUGCUUGUGCUUAUGCCCAUGUCGUAGCUUUGACAAGUGAAAACUGGGUCGACAUAAGCACAUGCAUAAGUACAAGGCCGUGGAGCAGUCGUAGGCUACUUUGACCCAGACCUCAUGCGAACAUAUCAAAAGCAAUAUGGCGGACGCUUCGUCCGCUAUCUUGUUUAUAAUUGGGUUGAGGAGAGUUGGUACCGAGAAUUGAGUCAAACAUGCCAUUCUGCGCGCGCGAAUGUCCUUUUGCUGACGCUUAUGCGCUAGUGAAAUCCAGGCUUAACAAAUUGAAAAAAAUAGGCUUUUUCCAAAACAUCCUUGUCGCCAUGGUAACGAUCGAAAUCUUACUUCUAAAAUGUCAAAUUUAUUGUCCUUAGUAAAAGUGUAUUCUGUCCAUACCAAAUAUGAGCCUCAACGAGUCUUGAAUGACACUCCCAUUAUCAAACUGUUUACAACCACCUUAAUUAAUUGUGGUUUUUGUAGUAAAUUGUUCCAUUUAAUAUUUUUUCUGUAUCCCUUGUAAUUCCUUUAUACAGCAGGUAUGGAUUGGCCGAAAAGGUGAUUCGAAUUGUUUGCAAAUGGAGACAAACACUGGAAUUAUAGAAACGGCGAAGGACUGUAACGACAAAAAGAACUAUAUUUGUGAAAUGCCAGCUUCAACAACAAGUACGUUUUCUAUCAUCCACAUCGACGUUACACCUAGCGCAUUAUCGCAAUAGCCCAAGCUCAAUACGAGAGCCCUGAACAACCUUAUUUUACUUAGCUAAUUAUUUAUUCAUACAGCAAAACCACAUAAGACAUCGUAUGAAAAUUAUUACUUUUUCUCUAAAAUUGGGCGAAAUGUGCAUUAUGUUUUUCCUACGAAGCUUUUGUUUAGUAUUUUCAGGUUAAAGUCUAUCAAAUUUGAGUCAAUGACUUCCAUUUUAAUUAGUAAAAGCUCCGCUUUUAGGCUUGUCUACAAGUUAUAAUUUCACGCUUUUGCCCCAGACUUUGGGGUAAGUGACCUUGUCAGAGAUACUCGAUGGUUUUAAAGGCUUGUAUUAUUCUACAUCUAUCUUCAGGUACUGUUUGUUAUGAGCACCCUAGCAGGAAUUACUCUGUUCCCAUUAAAGUCAGCUGUACUUUUCCAGAAAACCUUUGUUUCAAAUAUGACAAUACAACGGCAAACGGCGAACAAGUCACCAUUCAAGGCUGUAUAUCCGCUGAUCAAUGCAGACAAUUUGAUGGUCAUCAUUUGCACUGUUGUGAAGGAGAUCUGUGUAAUAGUGGUAAGUAAGCUCAAGUAUAAUGGACACAAAAUAGCUAAAAAUUGUUACUUUAGGUCCGCCGUGCCAUGUUCCCCAGAAACAGGGAAAACUUAGUUUAUUUUAACGAGGAUCCAUGAAGGAGGAAUAGCCAUGAUUUUAAGAACCUUUUUGUAAGUUUUCACAAGAUAAUGCACCUGUUUUAAUCAGCGCAUACUCGCACGUUUCCUAUGCCAUUUAUAAUGCAAUACCUUUCCUUGCAGUUAAGAACACCACGAUACCUGAACCCGAAAAUCCGACCCGCGCCACUUCUAAAGUCAUUUACAUCUCACUUGGUAUCACCUCCGCUUUUUUGCUACUGUCCGUGGCUAUUGUUGUCUGGUGCUACAGAAAAAAGAAGCUAAAGACUAUUGAAAGGUUGGUGUAUCUUUUAAUUUGCUAACGACGCUGUUCGGCGUAAUUUUUUCUCUAGUUGAAGGUGUAUCAAAAACACUUAUAUAAUAAAAAUUUUACUUUCCUAGUAUUUAAUUUUAGCGCGAUGUUAUUGGUUAGAUUACGUCACGUGGCCACUUAGAGCGUCGUGCACCCGCCAUUGACAGUUGCAACGAGAACAAUCAAGCAUUUUGUUUUAGCCAAGGGGCUGAAAACCUAAAAAAGACAGUAAGAAAGAAGAGACCCUUAAGAAGAAUAUCUUGAAAAAUAAAUUGAAAAUUGACUUGACUGAUAAAAAAAUGUUAUUGCGUUCGACGUCGAGAGAACGCAACCUAGACUCAACGCCCAAGAGCUUGAGCACAAACAUUCAGCGCAAACAAACUCAACUUUUGGUAGUCUGGGUGAAUUGCCGAAAACGAUAGGUUGAAGGCUAAUGGCUAAAGUCCUUGGUUGACAACUUUCUUCUGAGAUGCCUCUUUCUGCCAGCUGUUUAUUUUGACAGACAACCGCUGUUGAGCCUAUCUGGGACCAAAAGUUAUCUCUCAUAUCAACACGAUAUCAAACUAUGCCCAGUCGGUGAGGUUGCAUUUUUGGAAGGCAAAGGCCGGUUUCGAGAAGCGGCGUUUGACUUCUAAUCGGGUAUGGAAAAUUUCGUUGUGACGUUUUCUCACUCAAAAAUGGGCUUCUAGAGCAAAUGUGUUCAGCAGUACACAAAAGGGCAAGGGCUGGUUGAGUCGGAUGAAGCUUCAUUCAUCAAUGAAAUUACCCUUGCAUUAAAAUGAAAAAUUUAUCUUAGAUGCCGUUUACACGGGACCGGACAAAUAUUUCAACGAAUGAUUAAGGCUUUUCCCGUGCAACCCUUUUACACUGUGGACCCGUGCAAAUUCUGUAUCAAAUUUCAGUAUGAUUUGCCGUUCAAAAACUUGCACAGUUCGCAAGUUCCGUGUAAACGAAAUGCGGCUUUGUGCAAGUUUUUGUCCGUUCAUAUGUCCGGAUGUGUUUAAUUUAAACGUGGUCUUAAGUUUCUUUAAACUGUCACCAACCCUGUUGGGAAUUGUCUCCAAAAUAGUUGCUAUCCAACACACUCACAGAAGGUGUUUAUUCCUUUCCUCACAGUACAGCACACUCUCAUAACAAAAUAAUUCUCUUUUACUAUCUCCUAUUGUUCUACUAUUUUACUAUCAAUCAGGAGGUUUUCAGCUUCGCUUUCAAUUCCAAGUUCAGUGCUAUCAGAUUCUCACGUGUAAUCUAUCACUUAACACCUGUUUUAAAUCAAUUGACUAAAAUCAAACAGAACUCAAAUCAUGUUUACAAAGGAGAUUGGUUAUUAUUUCCGACACUCUCCCCCCAUAUGUCUUCCUUUAGGUGACAUAUGUUGCAUUUAUCUCUAGAAACCAUAUCAUACUAAACGUUCUUCUGAGUCAAAACGAUAACAGAAAACGAAAUGAUUCUCAAACUCUCUACAUAGUCGGUGUUCAAUGUUCAGUUGGCUUGCUCUUUGUCAGCAAUAUCUUGCAUUCGUACUCUCGCUGCAAUUGCAGCUUCACGGAUAGGUCUGAACUCUCGAACCUACGGGUUUAGCUGUUCCUGAGUUAAUUUGUCAAAGGCGCCCGCUCGCACGACAUUUCUAAGGGCUAGAGGUGGUUUAGCAGCGGCUCUGACUUGGAAACGGUGACAACCAUAACAGUGUUUUAUUACUCUCUUGGUCAGACGUCUGAGCCUCGGCACCCAAUGACGCUCUCCGAUCCGCACCAUUGUUAAACUUACUCCCCCAUGCUAAGUACGGCUUCAAAGAGUUUCACUGUGUAGGGGUGCUUAGCUUGUCAGGCAGGUAUACCGGGUAAUGUACCUGUACACGACCUCGACAUAUGAGUAUCCCCUGGUCGUUUUCUUCUAAACCCAGUCUUUGUCGAUCGUCUGUCACAUCCUCGCUUUGAAUCCCUUGAGGGCGCCUGGUCCAAAACAGGUGCUGGUUUUUAAUCUCGUCGGUCGUCAAUGGGCCCAUCAUUCUUUCUUGUUUCUUCAGGCGUGAAUUCCGUAUGAAUCUGGCUGUCCAGGCGACGAUCCUCAACAUUGAGCCACCCAGUUGACGCAGUGGCGCCAUUAAAAAGUUCUUUGGUAAUUUUAGCCUAUGCUUGGCUCUCAGGAGUGCGACUUGUGACGAUGUCUGUAGGCCACUUUUCUCUGUCUGAAAGCCAUUCCAUUCCUUGCCACCACAGCUUGCUGUCAUCUACUUGCCCUCCUCGACUUCCCAGGUCUGCCGGAAUUUCGUUAGUGGGUACGUGGCGCCAAGUAAUCCCUGAAUGCUCUUGUGUUUUCAUCGCUCUGUUUGCUAUGAGCUGUUUGUACUCGCGGCCACCGUUUAUCCAAUGGAGAGCCACUGAGCUAUCCAGCCAUCCAUAGCGCCGUUAACAGGAAACCCUUCAAGCGCCUUCUCUACGUUUAUGAUAAGGUUCGUUGCCAUAUGUGCCGACACCAGCUCUAAUCGCGGAAUGGUCAGUAACUGCUUCGCUAGUCGAGCCUUUGCAGUAACCAAACCCUGGCUCACCCCUGAUGGCUGUCUCGCAACUGCAUGGACUGUUGCACACACUCCGUUCUUACUCGCAUCUCCGAAUACAUAGAGCUCAAUUCUUUCAAUCUGCUCUCGGGCACAUGUCAGAGCCCUUGUUACCAUGACCUCGGCUGGUAACUCUUUCUUCCAUCGUGUCCAUUGGCUUGCUAGUGGUGGGGGUAGCGGUGCAUCUCAGGCCACCUUCACGUUGCAAACAUCUCUGUAGAUGAACUUUCCCUUGAUAGUUACCGGCGCCACGAGACCGAGGGGAUCGUAAAUUCUUGCCAUAUUACGUAUCAUAUUGAGGCAUAGUAGCACUUACCUGAUCUCCUUGUUUGUCCCACGAGAGUCCAAGAAAACUGCCGGUCUUUGCUUUUGUUUGGCCGAGCUGCUGUUUGGCAAAGUGCCCUCGUUUUCCACCCCUCUUUCACUCUCUUCUAACUCGGCAACAUUCGAGUGCCACUUGUGCAGCUUGAACUUAGCAUCUUCGAAGAUUCUUAUGGCUCCCUCUUUCUGUCGUAGAUCGUUCCCGUUCCACGAUGUGCUGACUUUGCACAUUUCACAGGAGUCACAGGACGAUUGUCUUCAUGUGGACUUUGACCGUUUCAAAUUAGCACUAUGGCCAACUUUGAGACAGAAUUUUAUGAACUUUUGAAGCUUUUUGACUCGUCCAGGCGAUAAACGUGACAAAAAGAUCAGCAAUUGCUCUUCGACUCCCAGGCUGGUCCAAGCUCGCUUCUGUGUUUUGAGAAGCUAUCACUCCAUCAUUUUUGUCUAGCGAAAACUUGAUAGACUCAAUCUUCCGGUUAAAUUCUUUCAUUAGUUCCUCCAUCGCGUUAGCCCUUGUAGUUUUGGCGUCGUUUUUGUCGCCUUGUAAAUAUACUCAGUAUUAAAAUUCCUAGCCCCCCACGCAGGCGUUUUUAGGGGAGGGAUGAAAAACGUUCUCCCCUAAAAACGCCUGUAUGGAAGGCUAUAAAAUUCCCUGAUCGCAUCCGCUGUGUACUUGAAUUUCCGUAAAUGCCUUGCUCUUGUUCGAGGCAAAUCCCUGUGUGUCCAGUCGGAGGUGCCCGCACUUGUGUUGGGAAUUGUCUCCAAAUAGUUGUUAUCCAACACACUCACAGGAGGUGUUUAUUCCUUUCCUCACAGUACAGCACACUCUUAUCACAAAAUGAUUCUCUUUCACUACUCCCUGUUGUUCUACAUUUUAUUGUCAAUCACGAGGUUUUCAGCUUAGCUUUCAAUUCCAGAGUUCAGGGCUAUCAGGUUCUCACGAGUAAUCUAUCUCUUAAGACCUCCUUUAAAUCACGCCACUAAAAUCAACAUGUUUACAAAGGAGAUUGGUAAUUAUUUCCGACAACUCUCCAACUUCGUUUGCCUGAAAAUUUGUCUGUUAAUUUCUUGUCAUAAAUUGGCAGAAACGCAUACGGAAAGGCAAGUCCGAUGCUCCUGUUCAAUGCGUUGUUCACUGGUUUCUCUAUACGUCCACGUCUGCACAAAUAGUCGUGUACAAGCCAAACGUCUGAGCGCUGGUAUGUUUUUCAGGUUGAAAAUAUGGUGCUUAAACUGAUAACAGCCACCGCUAUCAUUACGAUUACUCACGAGCGUUUUUUAAUUAAUAACAACCUUAAUUCAGCUUUUAUUAUGUCCUUUUUCUCCAGAUCACCUGACUCACAACCCUCUGAUAAGUGGGAAAUGGUGCCUGAGCAAAUAGAAUUCGAGGGAGAGCUAGGGAGAGGAGAGUUUGGUGUUGUUUACAAAGCAACCGUUAGAAAGAGGGAUGAGAUGGAGGCGUUGGUCACUGAGACUUCCAAAUGGCCUUCAUCAUCCACGAAGACGAAGGCACCACAGGUGGUGGCUGUCAAAGUUUUACAUGGUAAGAAAUAUUUUGAGACAAAGCCGUAAGCGCUAAUUGAAUUUGUAACUUAUUUUCAGUUGUUUAUAUGCAAAAGAAACGAAUUCUUUUUUAUUUCUUGUUUGGACCUUUCUGAGACCCCAAUAGAAAAUCAGUCGAAAAAAUCCAAUUUUUUUUAUUUCGUUUGCUUUGGUUCUUGUUAGUAUUGUUGUUGUUGUCGAUUAUUCUUUUCACCACUGUUCUCCUUCGAAAACAACGGCUAAGGCCUGAUGGUAAAUAGGGUAGGAGCUCAAGGUAGCAUGCCUGACUGUUCCAGAUAGUGCAUCCCCUCCAAGGCUGCUAUCUAAGAAGAUGGGGUGGUAAAGUGACUAUUAAACUGAAAUGCACUUAGAAGGAAUAAUCUCCCUGUCCUUUUGUGCAUAGGAGGAUGCGUGCGAUAAAAAGGGAUGAAUAUCUGUCAUGCAAAUAAAAAAUCUAGCUCUGAAAUAACAUGCUGGCACAGGAAGAAUGAAGAAGACAUAAUCAUUUUAUCAAAUUGUCUUUAGAUGAUCCAUCUGACGCACAGAUAGAAGAGUUCAUGUUUGAGAUUGAACAAAUGAAACUGUUAGGCUCACAUAAGAACGUUGUAUCCAUGGUUGGAUGCUGCACGCUUGAAGAGAAAAUGUUCCUGGUCAUAGAAUACGUACCGUGUGGUGACCUCUUGACGUGGCUACGCCGCAGAAGAAAAAAGGUAAGAAAAUCAUUGCAGCGUGUUCUCGUGUUCUGAAAGGGUAGACCACCAUUUUGUAUGACUAUAUAACUACCAGCCAUUUCAUGUAUUGAGACUAUUGCAGAUUUACAUCUGCGAAGAUGCCAAUUUCAUACCCGAGAAAGUCCUUGUUAUGGAAAUCAUAAGAUUUUUUUUAAAACUUGUUACAAAGAGAAAAUACUUUCUCUCGAGAUUACUCAGUGCUUAAGGGAAAAUAUUUCAACAUUAUCAUGUAUUUGACUGGACUUGAUACAAGGUGCCUGCACUCACUCUACUGGACAACUAAGUCCAAGGAGCAAGAACUUAUCCUCACCACCCAUGAAACUCACUUCCCCAAGCUCUGCCAGUAGUGUUACGAUUAUGAGUCACAGCAUUUAUUUGGCUGGGCUAGCUUACAGGGAAACUUCCUUGACUUUUGAACUGCAUUCUGGCUCGAAAAUCUAUCAAAGUGACAAAAUCUCCCCUACCUACCCCCUACUUUUGACGCAAAAAAGCCAGCCACCCAUCCUCUACUAGGUCCGGGCCAAAGCUCUCUGAUAAGCUCUCUGGAUUUUUUUGGCUUCCCUGGCUUGAUGCCCGUGUUCAAGUCACACAGAUGUAUUGGUCUUUAUUUGUUACGAAACUGAUAACGUUGCUUGCUGGAAGUCUAGAUCAACGAACUUAAAGCCUCCGAGAGAUCAUAUGCUGACAAAGAGGUUCUGAAAGAUCAGGAAGAGAGCAGAGAUAAGGUAGGCUUGUUAACAAAAUGUGCUGAUUCAAUAUUUUAUCUAUUCUUGUUUGACCCUGAUAUUUUUUCUUUUCUUCAAAGUCCCCAAACCGUUUGUUGUUUGUUUCCUGUGUCUGAUUGACGGCUCAUUGUACGUAAUCAAAGACUUAAUUAAGGCUUAAUUAAGGGAGCUUUCCAAAAGUCAGAGCUGGCCGGCCAGACCAUAGCAGGCACCAGUCACUUUGACAAUGAAACAUGCUUUUUUCCAAGAGCUUUUGUUAAAACACCAUUUCCUUUGUGCCUGCUAUUUGGUAUCUGACUGAUAGUUCUGAUUAAAAGUGAAAUUCUCAUUAUGACUGGAAUGGUCUGGCUGGUCAGUUCUGACAAAUGGAAAGCGUCCUAAGAUUAAAUUAAGACACUGAAAUUGUUUCCAUGCUUGUAAAAAUCACCAAAAAGUUUUUAUGUUUAAUGCCCGCUGAUAAAAUUUGUUUGAUGUCUUUUUUGUGGGGUGGUAUCAGAGGGAGGGUGGAACACUCUUAUAGGGUGGAUUGAACGGUCUUUCCUUCUUCGCAGCAAAAACAAGCAGGCAAACUUUUGAAGAAAACGGCAAAGGAAGAGCAGGCUCAGGUCACCAUGGAAAUGAUCUCAUUGCGCCAGAGUGGCGACCCAAAUGACAUGGCGUCUGCCGCUGACAGUCUCGCUGAUGUAAGAAUUUUAAUAAACACACUCAAGCCACAAGCGGCCUUUUCUCCAUCCUUGGAGGCCUAGGGGCAGUCAGGUGGUUCGGGAGAAAACGUUUGAGCCCCUGUUUACGGACUCUCACCAGACCAUUCUCAAACAAUCCAGCGAGUACUGACUCCUGAUUGGGCACAAAAAAAUGCUUUGCAUUAUUUUGCCCAAUGGGCGAACAUGGGCUUCUAUUUUCUUUUUGUGUGUUCGUACACGACGGCUAUUAUCUCGCCAUACUUGUCCGGUUCUUUCACCAAGAUUGGCUGUGCAAGGGGAAUCUUGGCUUUUCCUACUUUGCCCCUACCAGAAACGGAGGAACAACUGAUGAUUUCGGAAGACGUUUCAGAUGCUAUCAGCAGGACCGUUCCAAUUUGCUCCUAGACCAUUCGGUAACAAGGUAUCGUAAAUGAUAUUUACGAUGACGUGAUCGAUAAGGAUCGAUGCAAGCUUGAAUACGUGUUUCAAGCUCAAGUUUAUGUUUUUGGAUAAGCAUCUUUUAAAUACCCUUACAUACGUUUCCAAAUUUAGUUUUCGGGUAGACAGUUGCAGUUUUUUUAAUUCAUGGACGGGUUUUAUAUCGAACUGAAACUUUCCUGACAGCGUGUAUUUCUUUGGUUCAAGAGCCAAACAAGUAUCAUAAUGGCGAGACAAUAGCUAUCGUGUACGAACACACGAAAAGAACUCGCGAGAUGCUGUUUAUCAGCUUGACCGUUUGGAAAUAGUUUGGAAAUAGUUUAGUAAGGGUCGGCACCCAAGGGCUCUUCCGCCCUUUCUUGAAAACUAUUUUUCGCCGCGCCUUUUCUCCCGACCCGACCGACUGCCUCUUGCUCUCCGAAGAUGCCUUGUCUCGCGAUACGACGGGUGUAACAUGAUAUAUUUCAUUCCUAAGAGCAUAGGGAGAAGCGAAAGGUGACGUUUCAGUGACUGAAGAGAUAUCACGUAACGAAAGACUAUUGUUAUUGAAUUGAAUACCGUGGUUUUGAAGAAUGAUAAAUAAAACUUCCAUCUUAUUUCAGUGGAACUUUAAAUGAACAAAUUCAACUCCUCUCUGUUCUUUUGUCAGUCGAAUUACAUAGUUUUAGCACAGGUAUCCCGAAACUCAUAGAAGAUAACUAUUAGUGCAUAAGAUUUUAUAUCAUGAUUUAAAUUGGAUCUUAAGAAAAUAAAAUAGUAAGAGGAAAAAGGCAGUAGUCUGCCUAAACUUGUGUGAUACUUUAAUUUUUAGUUACAGACAGUAGCUUCUAACAAUGUAAUGUUCCAAUUUCCCUACAUAUAAAUUAAACUCCUUUUUUAAAAAUCAUUUAGCAUAGGUUCGCCUUUAAUAAUGAGGCUAUGGACGAUGAGCAUUCUGCACACAAGGAGCAAGUGAACAUUGCACAGCAAAGCGACAAAGAUGCCGUUGUUGAAGUGAUUCCCUCAACUUCUGCUAAAAAUCAAGUAAGAAGUUUUAUAAUUAUUUACCACUACAAGUAAUGCGGGUAUGGGUAUGUGGGUACAUGGUAUACUUCGUGCAUUUGGUACCUCAGUGUCAUAAACGUCCCUACCCUGCAAUGCACAGUUCCGGGUAGCCCUUGGGAAAGGUGUAGCACCCGUUAGCCAUUUCAGGGUCACGACACUGUUACCUGGCAGUCAGGUUUUUGUUUUUGCCACAGGCUAAGGGAGCCACCCCUACAGAAAACGAGCCCACCGCUGGAAGGUCUGGCGCUCCUCCAGCAUCCCUUGCUUGGAUUUGUCUCAGUGAGCCUAGCAAAACAUUGAUUUGAUAAACACUGCAAACUUCCCCACAUACUUGCUCGGUCCUCGCCCGGAUAAACAAGGGCCGCGUCCCCCAGUGAUCAACCAAGUAGGAGUUGAUAAGUCAGCUACUGGAAGUCUCUUAAUAUGCAAGAUAAACACUGUGGUGUCAACUUUUAACAUCCGUUCACUCAACUCCAUUGAGAAGAUUGGAGAGCUUACCGUGCUGGCAGAGGAGAAAGGAAUAUCUGUUGUUUGUCUGCAGGAACAUCGAAAAUUUCACGAUAGUGCGCACGUGCACUGUACUGAUGUCUGCAAAGGCUGGAUCUUGGCCAAUUUCUCGUGCUGGAAGAAGUCCAUGAACAGUUGCGUGGGAGGAGUGGGUAUGCUACUAAGCCUCUCUGCUCACAACUCCCUAGAGGGCAAUAUUGUAGUAGUGAGUAGCCGGACCAUUGUGGCAAACUUUAGUGGCAACCCUGCUACUACCAUUAUAUGCUGCUACAGCCCAACGAACUGCUCUGGUGACAGCGAUGCUCUAGACUAUUACAACACACUCUCUGAAGUAAUAAAGAAGCUACCUGGACAUAACCUUAAGAUCAUAUGUGGUUAUAUUUGAAUGCACAAAUCAGUCCCUUAGACUGUAAUGGGCUCAGCUUUAGGAAAAAGACGUUUAUGUUGGAUAUGGCCAAAUGGUUGCAAAGCCAAACUUGAUUAUAUACUGGUAAACAAGAAAUAGUGGAACAGUGUCAAAGACUGUCAGGCAUAUGACUCUUUAAUUCAGUACAGUAUAUUCACAACAUAAGAUUGUCGUAACUAAACUAUGCCUCAGUCUGCUUGCCAAUGGGAAAACAACUGGCAAACGUAGCCAUUCCGUAAGAGAGGCUUAUACUGUGGAAGUUAAGAAUCGCUUUGAGGCCCUGUACGAGAUUAAGGAAAAACACACUGUGAACGAUCUGUAUACUACAAUGAUCGAGGCCCAAAUGGAUGCAGCUUAGAGAAGUGUAUUCCUAAGAAGAAACGAGUGAAAAAAAGAGUGCCCUGGGAGAAAGAACUUGUCAAGGAGAAAAGGAACGAGUUGAAGAAAGCCUAUUUGAAAAAUGUCUCCCCAACUCUGACAAUGCGAAUUACCUAAAACAAACGAAAGAGGAACUUCAAGCUGCAUAUGACAGCGAACAAGUGGAAUAUCUGGCCCAGAAGUGCGCUGAGACUGAGAACGCUGCAGUGCAGCAUCAGGCAAAAAGAGUAUGGGAUACUAUUAAUGAGAUAACGGGAAGGACUUCGUCAGCUACAGGUCGUCUUAAAGGCAAAACUGCUGAAGUGAGGCUGGAAACGUUGAGGGACCAUUUUGCCCCACUCUUAGGCCAACCAGUGGCCGAAGACAGGAAUCCAGUUUGUAUAUUGUACAGGAUACUAUUCCGAUCAGCACUAGUGCCUACACUUUCGAAGAACUCAAUACCAGCAUCAACACAUUUGCCAACAAUAAGGCACCUGACAUAGAUGAAAUCCCAGCUGAAGUAUAGAAAAGUGGCUUACUCAAUGACCAGUUGCUAGACAUGUGUAAUACGAUGCUUGAAGGUAGCGGAAAAUCUGAGCUAUGGUCCAAGAGCAUUAUAAACCCUGUACCCAAAAAAGGGCGAUCCCAGUGAACCUCAUAACAAACGUGGUAUUGCACUAAUUCAAACAGCAGCUAAGAUCUAUAAUAGAGUGCUUCGUAACAGGAUCCGCCCCUACUUAGACCCCUUCUGCGCACAAAUAAAAACUGGUUCCGACCAGGAAGAUCAACAGUUGCUCAGAUAUUUACUCUUCGAACAUUGGUAGAAGGCAUAUAGGCCAAGAAUCUAUAACAGCAGUUCUUACUGUUGUGGACUUCAAAAAGGCGUUUGAAACGGUGAACAGAGACAAAAUGUUUGAAAUUCUGAAAGCUUACGGCAUCCUAAAUCAAAUAGUCUUGGCUAGAGCGUCGAUGUAUUAUAACACUGAAGCCAUUGUUUGCUCACCUGGUGGAGAAACAGAUUUCUUUGCUUUCCAUGCUGGAGUACUGCAGGGUGACACGUUAGCUCCGUUCGUGUUCAUCAUAGCAUUAGACUAUGCAAUGAGAUCCGCAAUUGAAGGCUACGAAGACCUGGGAUUUACACUGACUGGGAGAAGAAGUCAUCGCUUUCCCGCAGUUAUGAUCACUGACAGAGACUUUGCUAACGAUAUCGCAUUGAUUUCAGAUAACUUGGAUAAAGCCCAAUCACUGCUAGAGGGAGUUGAAACUGCUGCCACAGAAGUUGCUCUGCACAUUAACACCGGCAAGACCGAACACAUGGCCUGUAACCUCCGACACAGGGCGACCUUACUACCCUAGACAAUUCAAAGUUAAGACAAGUGGACGAUUUCAAGUACUUAGACUCUUGCAUAGAUCAAACGAAGAAAGACUUCGAGAUCCGUAAAGGAAAAGCUUGUGCCGCUAACAACAAACUAACAGCGGUGUUGAAAUCAACCUCAACAGAGAUCUAAAGACACGUUUCUUUAGAGUUUUAGUUGAAUCUGUUCUGUUGUACGGGUCAGAGAGUUUGACAUUGACUACUACACUGGAAGAACAAAUUGAUGGCUGCUACACAAGGCUGCUACGUGCUGCUCUAAACAUAAGCUGGAGAGAUCAUAUAUCAAACGAGAAGCUCUACUGGGAUCUCCCUCCAAUUUCAGCGAGUCUCCAGAUACGUCGACUGCACAGUUUAGUGCAGUGCCUGAUCCAGACCUUGAGAUAAGGGGGGAGCGGUCAUCCAGACCCUUAGAUAAGGGGGAGCGGGGGGCGAGAGCCCGAAAUAAGUAGACAACUCCUUUAAUUUUUAGUUUCGACUAAAGACGAACGCAACAUAUAGUCGCUGUAGGUCCUCUGUUACUAUAGCCGUCAUGCUAUUUUCGUCGUUGGUGUACUACUUCUGCGCAUGCGCCUUCUUGAAUUACGUCACAACCUCUCGUUUCAAUGCUAUUUUAGUUGUAGACUCGACACUGGCCGUGGCUUCCUGGGUAAACUUCGCACGGUGAAGCCAACAGGACUUUCUUUAACUGUCGUGGUUUAGUUCAUCCCAGACAUUUUGACAACAGACUGCUAAAGGGAGGAUACGUGUUUGAUAGCUGUAAACCUGCCACUUUUAAGCUAUUUCAUGAUUGUCAAUUACGUCUACUUGGUUAAACACCUGUUCUUGUACUCACAUUUAGCUCAAACAUUUUGUCAGUGUUUUUUCUUUGAGAGUGAUUAAUAGUCAUAUUGUGCCGAUCCUGACAUCAAGGCAACCCUCGCAACAAACCUGAGGACAAGAUCGACAGCCUACCGACUGAAAAUAAUGCAAUGGAAGCCUAGGGUAAUUUUAGAGAUGCAGCAUUCGAUUUUACAUUUACCACUUGAACAGAAAGAGCGAAAACAUCAGGACUUGUUUGAAACCAACAACGCAGAAAACGCCUGCCUUCUGAAGCAAAAGCAGGAAGCAUUUACCAAUUGGCUUUAAGAAAAGAGCUCAACUGCCAGGCCCGAUCGCCUCAAGCACCUCAGAAAAAAAGUCAAACUGAGCUGAGACAGAUGAAGGAUAAGUGGUGGCAACACAAGGCUGCAGAGCUGGAGCAAUAUUCAGACGUGCACAACUUUAAGAGGUUCUUCGAGGGCUUGAAGACUGUAUAUGGUACCUCUUCCAAUGCCAUGGCUCCUUUCCCAUCUUCUGAUGGAACCCUGCUUACAGGGAAGUCUGAUAUCGUUCAAAGUUGGUGUAAAAUCUUUAGCCAACUUCUCAACAGAUCGACCAGUGAGCCAUCCAAGAUAUGCUUCAGCGCCCGGUUCUAAGCUCUCUUGACGAUCCCCCAACACUGAAGGAAACCAAUAAAAAAAUAAGCAGCUCCAGGCUGGGAAAGCACCUGUUGUUGAUGAGAAACCUCCAAAAAUCUUUAAGGAGGGAGGAGAGGUCAUCACCGUCAAGCUCACUGAGUUGAUGCAGCAGUUUUGGGUCAAGGGCUCAGUGUCUAGGGACUUCAAGGACGCCAACGCCAUCCACCUGUACAAAAACAAAGAUAACAGAGCAUCCAGUGACAACCACAGUACAAAGGUAUCUCGCUGUUGAGUAUUCAAGGAAAGAUCAUGGCACGCAUCAUACUAAGCUGUAUCACACACCACCUCCUGGAUGAUUUUCGUCUCCGAGAGUCUUGGUGCCUUCAGGAGAAACAGAGGGACAAUCGACAUAAUAUUCCCCGUAGGAAAGAUCAAGGAAAAGAGCCGCGAGCAGAAUCAGAGCCUGUACAUCCUCUUUGUGCACCUGACCAAGCCCUUUGAUACGGUCUUUUGGUGGGUUGGACGUGUGGUUUGAAUGGAAGACACGCACUUCCCGAAAAUGGUCUUCUUCUCUCAGGUCACCAGCGGUGAACGUAGCAUUGGACACCCACUAAAGAGGUUGAAGGACAGCCUGAAACAAAAAACUGAAUCGAAUCCCACUCUAAGAUAAGAAACCUUCGCCACAGACCGCAACGCCUGGAGAAUGGCCGUGCACAAGGGCUUUUAAGGCUUUGAAAAAAGGGGCUGCAUGGUUUCCAUCAGACCUCGCUAUUGGCCGAGUUCUAGUAGCGCCUUAGCUGCGUCUUAGCGAUUGAGUCGAUCUAUACGGUUUCUUCGAGUUGUUUAAGCUAGACCCUUAAUGAUUUUGUUUUUUAAUUUUCGUAAGGAUGGGGAGUGGAAAGUAAAGGACAAAGAACUACUACGCAGCCAACAGGUAACAGGAAAAAGUCAAGCAAAGCCUUCACCCGCCAUGCCACCUGUAAUCGAAAGCAUACACGAGGAUCUCAGCAGUGAUGAAGAAGACGAGGAGGAGAACUUUCGAACCAAACAACUCUUUUUAUUUGCUUGGCAAAUUGCUAAAGGAAUGGUAAUUACUAUAUUAUUAUUUUUCUGAGAAACGUUGCUUCCAUUCAGGUUUUGUUUUCAUCCUUCAAAGAUCGUUGUCAAAGACUAUUCCACAAGCAAGAAAUAAAGGAAAAAUAAGUUAAUUUUCUAGAUGAUUAAUGGUUCUUAGAGGAUCGACCCAAAUUCGGCAUGUUUUGUCUGAACUUGAAUCAGCCGUUUAGAUCAGUUCAGUUGUGAUAUUUUACGUUUGAUUAUUGGCUCCUAUAAUUUUCACGCCUUCACCCGUGCCUUUUUAGGCAAUAGUAGCCCCGUAACUGAAAUUUUAUGGUACUUAUUUUCAUUUUUCUCUUUCCUUCUUAAAAUUAGAAUCAUCUCGCCGAAAACAAUCUUGUUCACAGAGACCUUGCUGCCCGUAAUGUUCUUGUUGGCCAUGACAACCAAAUCAAAGUGUCAGACUUUGGGUUGAUGAGACAAAUCUAUGAAGAUGUGAGCAGCUCAGCGAAGUCCAAAAAACUUCCUGUAAAAUGGAUGGCCCCCGAAGCACUUUAUCAAGGCCUUUACACCACCAAAAGUGAUGUGUGAGUAUAAAAAAAUCCCACUGUUUUAAACUCAUUUCGAUAAAUUACUGCUCUGAAAACCUCAGUCAGCUUCCCUAAAAGUCGUGAUCAGCGAGUUUAUUUCAAACCGAUCUAGAAUCUCAGUGGUUAUAGUGGCUGAUUUCGUACUUGUCAAUAUAAUUUCGACUCGGGGCUACAUAGUUUGCAUAUAAGUCCUGAGUGAGAGCGGCGUCUGCUGAAUUCUUAAUUCGGAGUGUACGUAAAGAUAAUUUAGUUACGAUUAUGCGGCAGACCCCUCACCUAAAUUGGUAGUCUUUUCCGAUCCCUACUCUAUUAACCUUGCUAGGCCUUUGGCUAAGGGCUUUGAGCAGCUGAGGCCUGGUGUCAUAGGGUUAAGUCAAGAGCGAAGGCAUGGAAAGGUGGAGAUACGCCCUUUUGCCUUAAGUUCAUCAAGUAAAGAGAAGAGAAGAAAAGUAAUGUUAAUGCAGUGGGGAUAUUCACGGCCUCUGUGCUUUUCUCUAUAGUUGGUCUUUUGGUGUUGUUCUUUGGGAGAUGGCUACAUUGGGUGAGUAGACCGUCACACACUAAUCAUGUAAACUUCCAAGGGGAGGGGAAUCCCAAGAACUCUCCUCCCUGUUGCCACGGGGUAUAUGACUUGAAUUGUGCGACUGAUAUCAAAGGACGACACUGGGACUUAAAGAGUGAGUCCUUAUUAAAUAAGGUUAUUGUUACCAGGAAACAGGCUGAUACCUGAUGACUUUUAUUUGUGGCAAGCUAGGCACUUUUGUUUUGAACUAGGCUGUAUGUCUGAUAAGUGAUAAUCGGCAUCAAAUAUGCACGCAUUAGUUGUUUUCUGGAAAGAGGAGCCUUAUUACUAAGCACCCUGUUUUCUUUGACGACACAUUUCAAUGCAAUUCUGACCCCUGCUCAAUCACAAUUCUAUUGCAAAACGGCAUUAUUGAGUGCGGGGGAAUGAAGAGUCGUCGACAUUGACAUUUCCAGGAAAAAGCUAUCCAGAGUAAUAAGCCAUAUUUUCAAAUAAUAACAUGUAUAUUUUUUCUUUCGCAUAACGUGAUCAGGAGGCGUACCAUACCCCACGCUGACCAACUCAGAGUUGUAUCGACUGCUUGGCACUGGUUAUCGCAUGGAAAGGCCUGACAUGUGCUCCGAUGAUGUGUACGUUUCUUGA